AUUCUUUCUUCAAUACUUCCUUCCAGGCUGAGUCAUCACUAGAGAGUGGGAAGGGCAGCGGCAGCAGAGGAUCCAAACCCCAAAGCUGAUACCACAAAGUACCAUUUCUCCAAGUCGGGGGCUCAGAGGGGAGCCAUCAUGAGCGAUGUUACCAUUGUGAAAGAAGGCUGGGUUCAGAAGAGGGGAGAAUAUAUAAAAAACUGGAGGCCAAGAUAUUUCCUUUUGAAGACAGAUGGCUCGUUCAUAGGAUAUAAAGAGAAACCCCAAGAUGUGGAUUUACCUUAUCCGCUCAACAACUUCUCAGUGGCAAAAUGCCAGUUAAUGAAAACAGAACGACCAAAGCCAAACACGUUUAUCAUCAGAUGUCUCCAGUGGACCACUGUUAUAGAGAGAACAUUUCAUGUAGAUACUCCAGAGGAAAGGGAAGAAUGGACAGAAGCUAUCCAGGCCGUAGCAGACAGACUUCAGAGGCAAGAAGAGGAGAGAAUGAAUUGUAGUCCAACUUCACAAAUUGACAAUAUAGGGGAGGAAGAGAUGGAUGCUUCUACAACCCAUCAUAAAAGAAAGACAAUGAAUGAUUUUGACUAUUUGAAACUACUAGGUAAAGGAACUUUUGGGAAAGUUAUUUUGGUUCGAGAGAAGGCAAGUGGGAAAUAUUAUGCUAUGAAGAUUCUGAAGAAAGAAGUUAUUAUUGCAAAGGAUGAAGUGGCACACACUCUAACUGAAAGCAGAGUGUUAAAGAACACUAGACAUCCCUUUCUAACAUCCUUGAAAUAUUCCUUCCAGACAAAAGACCGUUUGUGUUUUGUGAUGGAAUAUGUUAAUGGGGGAGAGCUGUUUUUCCAUUUGUCGAGAGAGCGGGUGUUCUCUGAGGACCGCACACGUUUCUAUGGUGCAGAGAUCGUCUCUGCCCUGGACUAUCUACAUUCCGGGAAGAUCGUGUAUCGUGAUCUCAAGUUGGAGAAUUUGAUGCUGGAUAAAGAUGGCCACAUAAAAAUUACAGAUUUUGGACUUUGCAAAGAAGGGAUCACAGAUGCAGCCACCAUGAAGACGUUCUGUGGUACACCAGAAUAUCUGGCACCAGAGGUGUUAGAAGAUAAUGACUAUGGCCGAGCCGUGGACUGGUGGGGCCUAGGGGUUGUCAUGUAUGAAAUGAUGUGUGGGAGGUUACCUUUCUACAACCAGGAUCAUGAGAAACUUUUUGAACUAAUACUAAUGGAAGACAUUAAAUUUCCUCGAACACUCUCUUCAGAUGCAAAAUCAUUGCUUUCAGGGCUCUUGAUAAAGGAUCCAAAUAAACGCCUUGGUGGGGGACCAGAUGAUGCAAAAGAAAUUAUGAGACACAGUUUCUUUUCUGGAGUAAACUGGCAAGAUGUAUAUGAUAAAAAGCUUGUACCUCCUUUUAAGCCUCAAGUAACAUCUGAGACAGAUACCAGAUAUUUUGAUGAAGAAUUUACAGCUCAGACUAUUACAAUAACACCACCUGAAAAAUAUGAUGAGGACGGUAUGGACUGCAUGGACAAUGAGAGGCGGCCGCACUUCCCUCAGUUUUCCUACUCUGCAAGUGGACGAGAAUAAGUCUCCUUUGUUCUGCUACUUCACUGUCAUCUUAGAUUUGUUACUGAAAACGAUUCCUGGACAUCACUCCAGUCCUAGCUCUUACGAGUAGCAGGAGCACCUUCAGACAUCCCUGGCCGAUGCCAGGUCUUCGCCCCUCACCACCUUCCACCCACACGAGAACACACAUAUGCGCACACACUCGCCCUUUUGUUUUUGCAUGAAGUUGUAUCUAAGUCUAAGGUCUCAUGCUGCUGCUGCUACUGUCUUACUGUUAUAGCAACUUUAAGAGGUGACCGUACAAUCUUUGGAAGUCAUGAGCCCACCAUCGUUCAUUUGUGCACCAAUUGUCAUCUUUUGAUCUUUUAGUUUUUGUUUUUCCCUAACAGUGAAGGCUAAAUGAGAUACACUGAUUCUAGGUACAUUUUUUAACUUUAUAGAAGAUAAAUCAAAAACUAAUUAGACUAAGAAGAUUUAGUUUAUAAUUCAGAACAAGCGAUUGUGGGAGGGUGGUGACGUGCAUAUGCAGAAUUGUAGUGAAGCAUGUCAGGUCAGUGUGUGAAGAGAGUGUGUCACUAGGAUCUGGCUGGAGUUCAUUAGGAAGCAUUUGAGAGAAGGACAGAACAACUGUGGGGAUAGAUAUGUAUACACAUAUACAUUUAAAUUCCUGUUGGAACUGCAGGGGCAGCCCGUACUACACGUGGACGUCCAGAUUGCCGGGGCAGUCAUGGGCAAUGAACACUGUUCUACUGAGGAAGGGAGCAGCAUAUGCACAGUAGGUCAGGGUCACUUCAAGGGUCUAGGAUAUGAUUUGCACCAGAGAGCAUUUUUUCCCUGUGCUUGGAAACCUUUUUCCCUUCUUGAUAUUUAUCACCUCUGAUGGCUAAAGAAUGUAGACAGGUAUAAUGAUCCUGCUUUUCACCAAAAUUUGUACACCAAGGUAAACAGGUGUUUGCCUUAUUUGUUUUAAUUUUUUACUUUCAGUUCUGCGUGAAUUAGCUUUUUCUCAGAUGUUAAAACUUUGAAUGUCCUUUUAUGAUUUUGUUUAUAUUGCAGUAGUAUUUAUUUUUUAGUGAUGAGAAUUGUAUGUCAUGUUAGCAAAUGCAGCUCCAACUUACAUAAAAUAGACUUACUGCAGUUUAUUUUGACCCAUGUGCAAGGAAUGUACACGCCGAUGAGAAUCAUGCACUUUUUCUCCUAUGUAAAAACAUGUUGAUGAGGCUCUGAAAUUGUCCGUAUUGGUGAGAAUUGGGCUUUGGGAGAAGAGAUGCUGUCAUUUAACCCCUUGGUCCUAAAGAUGAGAAAACCCCCAACUAUCCAUGCCAAGGGGUUAACGAGACAAGUGGAUGGUGAUGUUCGCCCAGUUGAGAAGCGGACUGUGACGACGGCUGGCGACGUGACGUAGUGAAGAUAGCUGAGACCUGAGUGAUGAUGAGAAGUGAACUUGACUUGGCAAAAGGAACACAUCUGGAGUAUUGACGAAGUAGGCAGUAAAGGAUAAGAACCUGGUGUGUUUAUUCUGAUCAUGGUACAUUUAUCACUGAAUUAAGCCAUCAGGGAAAAAAACAAAACAAAAAAAGAACACCUCCAACUUUUCUUUUUCUGUAUAUACUCAUGUCUCCAAAUUCUAACAUUUCUCACUGAAGGGGGACAUGUAUGCAAACCUCCUUUUUCUCCUCCAUUAAUGAUGAUCUCCAGAUUAAACCCUUUGGUGCUAGGAGCUGCCAUUUUCCAAAGCAGCCUAUGACGUCCAGGAGGCUGGGGGCCCUUCUUGCAGCGAGCAGGAGGCCGCCCGACUCCACGGAGUGAUCAUGGAAAUGCAUUUUAGUUACACUCUCUGACAGCUCCCAAAUGGAAGACUACAGCAUGAUGUAGUGUUGUGACUGCAUUGUAUGAAAGAGCAAGUGACUUUCUCAUAGGAUGAAUCAUAUUCAUACGCAGAUGUCUUAGCCUCUUGACGCUGGAAGUGUGGAUUUAUAGACAUGAAACCACUGCUGGCGGUGGGUGGACCACUGGGACUGAUGGGGGUUAAAGGGCAUUUUACUAAGGCAGCUAAGACAUAUCAGACAUAGAUUUUAUCCUAAUUUUUCAUACUUCUACCUGAGUGAAGUUCAUCCUUAGUACUGAGUAGGGAGUUAGAGUAAUGGUAGUUCAUUCUUACUUACACAUACAGCUCAACUGUUUUUUUUCACUUGGAUUAUGUUGAAUGUUUCACUUUGACAAGAAAGUAGACUGGAAGGUAUGUUCUGUAAGUUGUCUUGCAUCCAUUGUAUAAGAGCGAGCCAGGUGAGAGAGAGAGAAGAAGGCUAAGACUGGCUGAUGCUCAGAGCAUUCACUCCUUAGAGGGGACGCGUGACACCGCACACUAAGCACAUCGAUAGCUUUUUGUUUCCCCCCAAAUGUUAAGGUGAUUUCUGUGACCUUGGCCAAGGAAACUUCCUAAAGAUUCAUGACGGCGUUGACAGGGCCCCAGGCUGCCACUCCUCACGGCUGGCUUGCCGGCCCAGCCAGUGCCAGGGCUCACCGCUGGUCGCCCCAGACUCCGGCAGUCAGGCACGGUGUUUUCUUGGCUUCGAUUUUGAGAAUCCCUUAUUUUCAGUCCCAGAUCUCAAUCAGCUGACGUGGAGAAUAAUAGAACAACAGAAAUAUAUGUAGAAGGAGAUUUCUAAAACUUCCUGUGUCUGCCCAUAGCUGUAGUUUGGAUUCUGGCAGAUGGAAAGGCCUGAAACCUGGAAUCAUUCUAGCAGAAUCCGGUUCAGACUGCGUGGACUCCAUCUUGUGCUCACUUUCAUGAAGUUUGCCCUCUUGUCAUAAUGCAGCCACCUUGGAGGAAACUGGCCAUUUCUGCUUGGAUUUUUGGCAGGGUUGCUCACAGCUUUGCUUUCCACACUAAUUACAUGGCAUUAUUCCAGUAUUGUUUUCCAUGUCCCAUACCUGAUUUCUGGCUUCUCAGAGCUGACUGUUCUUGUGGGGCCACUUGCUUCUCCUAGAGUACAAAGGUAAGGGCCUUCCUUACUGACUGCAGGGCCUAUAUAUUACACCUCAGUGUACACACUUUGCUGCUACUGUUUGUACUGUCCACAGUAGAACUUCCUUAUCUUGCUCCUGGUAGUGCAUUACAGGCAAGCAUGAAAUGUAAAGUAUUUAUUUAAAUAAAAAGAAAACCUCUAAAUUGGUAAUUGAAUUACCUCCCUGUAGCUUUAUAGUUUGUGACAUCUCUUGACCUUGCUAGUUCUUUCAUUAGAUCCGCGCAAGAUCCAGUCAUCUGGUUAAGGAUUUUCAGCAGACGCAACUAUGAACCCAAGAAACUGUAUUACUAUUACUGUUGGUCAUACUAAAACUGUUUAUUUCCUUACGUAUAUGACCUACAAGGAUGUGAAAUAACUACAAGAAACUGUUUUGUACACUGUACAUCCUUAGUAUUUUUACACGUAUAUGGUAGGGAUGCACAUUAUUUUCCUUCGUACAGACAGCCUAAAUAAAGCACUAUGUCAAUCUGCUA